AAAACGAUGAGAAAACUGCUAGUUUCGUUGGUUUUAUUGAUUUUCUCUGAAAAUGUGACAGCGAAUCGGGUGGAGCAGGUUCAUCUCAGUUUGAGCGGGAAAAUGGAUGAAAUGGUUGUGACGUGGCUAACGCAGGGACCUCUACCAAAUGUGACGCCAUAUGUGAUGUACGGAUUAUCUAAGGAUGCUCUUCGAUGGACCGCCAAGGCCACCACUACGUCAUGGAAAGACCAGGGAUCUCAUGGAUACGUCAGAUAUACCCAUAGGGCGACUAUGACGAAGAUGGUCCCAGGUGACACUUAUUACUACAAAGUCGGCAGUUCCCAAGACAUGUCAGACGUCUAUCACUUCCAUCAACCUGACCCAACUCAACCGCUUCGUGCUGCAAUAUUUGGAGAUUUGAGUGUCUACAAAGGCGCUCCAUCGAUAAAACAACUAACUGAUGCCACGCACGAUAACCAUUUCGAUGUGAUUAUUCAUAUUGGAGAUAUCGCGUAUGAUCUACACGAUGACGAGGGAAAUCGAGGAGAUGACUAUAUGAAUGCAGUUCAGCCAUUUGCUGCGUAUGUUCCUUAUAUGGUUUUCGCCGGUAACCACGAGUCUGACAGUCACUUCAAUCAAAUAAUCAAUCGCUUCACAAUGCCUAAAAACGGAGUAUACGAUAAUAAUCUAUUCUGGAGUUUUGACUACGGGCUCACCCAUUUCAUAGGUCUGAACUCUGAGUAUUACGCCGAGAUUCAUACAAAAGAAGCUCAAGCUCAAUACAAAUGGCUUCAGGCUGAUUUGGCAAAGAACAAGGCUCAAUGGACUAUUGUGAUGUUCCAUAGACCAUGGUAUUGCUCUACAAAGGAUAAAGGAGGAUGUAAUGAUUAUUUGGAUAUGUUAUCUAGAAAAGGAAACAGUGAAUUGCCGGGAUUGGAAAAAUUAUUGUUUGACCAUAAAGUUGAUAUGGUGUUAUAUGGGCAUAAGCACACUUACGAGAGGAUGUGGCCAAUUUACGAUGGAACUGGGUACAAGUCAUCGGAUUCUGGACAUAUUCGGAAUGCAAAGGCACCAGUUUAUAUACUAACUGGAUCUGCGGGCUGCCACACACAUGAAGGACCCUCCGACGCACCCCAAUCAUUUUCUGCAACUCGACUUGGACAAUAUGGAUAUACCCGUCUCAAAGUCUACAAUACGACUCAUUUGAGCACGUAUUUUGUGGAUACAAGUGAUAAAGUUGGAAAUUUCAUGGAUAAAUUUUAUUUGGAAAAAGAUUAAAUUUUGACAAAUAAAUAAUUAUGG